CUAUUUGAAAUUGAUAUGACCAACCAGUUCCCAGGACACUACAAGCCCAGCCUCAGUGACCACUGGAAUGACCUCUGUAUAGAUCAGGUGAAGGUAUCAAUCUACAAUGGUGGCCAAGAAAAGGACUACAUCACGUUCAAUGCGGUUGGUGCCGAUAAGAACAGCUGGUUCACUGCUGAUAGGAUAAUUGACUCCUCUUACACGGACAUUAGAAAUGCUCCUAAAGAACUCUUCAGUCUUAUGGGAGAUGUGACAAGUGGACGUGAAUUCACAAUGAACAGUCAUUCCACCGGCAAUUGUGACACGUACGGUUGGAUGAUGGUUGCAACCCAGAGUGGCUGCUUCUUUGAAGCAAGUGCUGGUAACAAGCCUGCUUUCCUGUACUCCCCAGGACAGACUUCCUUACACUGGGGACAAGCUACUGCCUCUGGAGACGUCUUUGCUAUCACCGCCCACGGUAACUGUGGUGCAUCUCUGCAGUCAACACAGCAAACUGGCUUCACUCAGAUGAGCAGGGCCUGUAUCUACAAAGGGAAAAUCUAUAGUCAAGGAGAUCACUGGACGGAUGGAUGUGAAUACAACUGUACUUGUGUCGACGAGACUACUGGACGAUACAACUGUGUCAAUCUGAAUCCCAGCAUGCAAAACAGUUAA